CAACUCCCAUCCGACAGGACCCCUCGGCAAUCCAUCAAGAUGGUCCGUUACGCUGCACAGGACAUUCCGGCCGCAAAGAGCGCCCGCGCCCGGGGCUCUUACCUGCGUGUCAGCUUCAAGAACACUCGCGAGACCGCCCAGGCCAUCAACGGCAUGAAGCUGACUCGUGCCCUGACCUUCCUCGAGAAUGUCACCAGCAAGACCGAGGCUGUCCCCAUGCGCCGGUACGCUGGUAGCACUGGACGCACUGCUCAGGGCAAGCAGUUCGGUGUCAGCAAGGCCCGCUGGCCCGUCAAGUCCGCCGAGUUCCUCAUCGGCCUGCUCAAGAACGCUGAGGCCAACGCCGACACCAAGGGUCUCGACACCAGCAGCCUGGUUGUCAAGCACAUCCAGGUCAACCAGGCCCCCAAGGGCCGGAGACGCACCUACCGUGCCCACGGUCGUAUCAACCCCUACAUGACCAACCCCUGCCACAUCGAGCUCAUCCUCACCGAGGGCGAGGAGGAGGUCGCCAAGGCCGCCCCCAAGCGCGAUGUCCGCCUUUCCUCCCGCCAGCGCGGUGCCCAGAUCCGCCAGGCCCUUAUUGAGGCAUAAGCGUGCUCUGUUUUUUCGUGUGUGCUUUUUGAUGGAUGCCUGGGGUGUGCGCGUGCGCAGCGGGUGGAAAAAUUGGGAAAUGACCUUGUUGAAUGCCGGAGUUUGCUGUUGUAUGGAACCAAAUACCUGGUCAACGGAAGGCAAAUAAAUUUUUACUACCUUUUUCAACACUUGAAUUCAAAAAAGUGAAAAUAAUCAGGCUGUCCAUCUCCCCCAGCUGGUACAUCGCAGUCAGGUCUUCGCUCAGGAGGACGACAUCACUACAUACACUGAAGUAACGCAAGCAUUUC